GCGAUGGAAAAAGAAGUUGAAUAACUAAAGCGCCGCAAACAUUCCAAACAACACAAGAAUGUUGAAAUCCGUGGAUAAGUGUCCCGGUCUGUACUGCGGGCGCACGGUACUGGCCAACAGUUCGCUCAGUGAUUGCGGUGCCUGCCUGCGAGGAUUCCGGGUGAACGCACAGUACGUUUGUUCACCGUGUGAAAAAGACCUGACUUCGCACGAUUGGCUCUAUUUAGGAUUUAUGGCCAUCCUGCCAUUGAUUAUUCACUGGUUUUGUAUUGAUCUGAAUGCGAGAUCUUCAUCCUUCACCAAAGCGGAACUUAUACUACACGCUAGUGCCUGCAUAGAAGUGCUUCUUUCGGCGUUUCUCACUAUACUGUUCACCGAUCCCGUUUGGGAGCUGCGAAUCAACUCGUGCGGUGUGCAGAAACUUUCCGAUUGGUACACGCUGUUCCACAACCCGACGCCAAAUUAUGAGACCACCCUUUACUGCACGCAGGAGGCCGUGUAUCCGCUGCAAACGAUGAUAUUCGUUUUCUACCUGUUCUGCGUUACCUUCAUGAUGAUCAUUCGCCCCGGAUUGAACGUAAAGUUUCUCUCGAAGAGGGGCAAACUGGCCGUCUACUAUGCGCUCUACAUCUUCCCAAUCUUGGCGCUGCUCCAUGCCGUCGCGGGAGGACUCAUUUAUUAUUCGUUUCCAUACCUAAGUAUCGUGAUUUCGGUGGUAUCGAAUGCGCUACAUUUUUCGAUAAAAAUCAACCAAAACGUAAUGGUAUUGCUGGAGACGUCGCUGAUGCAGAUGAGAAACCUGACAAUUUUACUGGGCCAUUGGGUUCUGCUGGCAUACGGGAUCAUAUCGAUUCCGUACGAUAUCUCCUACUUUGCGCUGUUGUUCGUACCAGCACCGGCUCUGUUUUACAUUUUUACCGCAAGGUACACCGAUCCGGAAAACUUCAAGUAGAGACAUUCUCGGUCAGCACGUGAUAGGUUAGCAUUAGUAAACGAUAAUUUAUAAAAUAAAAGCACCUACUAUUACGGAUCUGUCAUCAA